AUGGAAAGCCCAAAUGCCCUCCGAGUUCGUCAGGCUAGUGGCAUAACACCGGCUCCAACCAUCAUCCCUGAAAAGUUUCCCCCUCUCACGUCGUCGGGGGCCGCUCUCGUUGCCACGGCGUCGAUGAUGCUCUGCUUGACCACAUGCUGGACCUUCUUCCGCGUCUGGGCCCGGAAGAUCACGAAGAUUCCCUACUUGACCGAAGACUAUCUUUACUUCACAGCUCAGGGAUUCCCUUCAACGCUCAAGUACGCGAUGAGAGCGCGGACACUGACUUUGAUAUUACGAACCGAAGCUGUAGUUGUAGGUGGCGCAGGCCAUGAUGUAUGGAACCUCAGCGACGAACACAAGUACCACUACUUUCGAAUAUCGCUCGCCACGCAAGUCCUCUACGCCGCGGCCUUGGGCUUCGUCAAGCUCAGCAUCACUUGGAUGCUCCAGCGCAUCUUCUUUGGUCACUCGACGGCGUUCCGGCUCUUUGCCUGGAUUGCCAUGGCGCUGUCGGUAUGCUGGGCUUUGUACACGGCUCUGAUAGGAUUUCUCAUCUGUCAGCCUGUACAGAUGGCAUGGGAUCCGAGCGUGCAAGGAACCUGCGGCAACCAUACCACGGCGUAUUCUGCGGUAGCGAUCUUCGAUAUCAUCACUGAUUUCAUUAUUGUCGGGCUUCCGAUCAAGUUUGUUGCCCAGCUGCAGGUUCGACGAGCGCACAAAAUUGCCCUAUAUGGAGUGUUCUGCGCCGGUUUCAUCACGGUUGUCUUCUCCUGUGUGCGACUCUACUAUGCUUACAACAUCGACUUCAUCAACGUCACCAAAGGCUUCGCCAUAGCCAGCGUCAGCGGCGUCUUGCAAGCCGGUAUCGCUGUCAUGGUGGCAUCUAGCCCAAUGCUCCGUCCCGUCUUCGAUCGUACGGUUGGUCGAGUGCUGGGUCUCAGCCUACAAAGUCAACGACGCGGCAACGGCGCGACUUCGAAUGCGACUGGCGGCAAUACCACUGGCAAUAGCGCGGCUGGGCUACACAAUAAACACAGCGCUCGAUCCGACGGCUUCAAGCAGAUGUCGGAAAGCGAAGAGCAUCUGGCGUGGGAGUUGAGGCACAUGAAGUCCGCAGCAGGUCGGGAUAGCUACAAUAUGGGGACCACGACGACUCAGGUCAAUGCGGAAACGAGCUCCGAUGACAGUACGGGCGAAGAGCGAAGGGGUCUGGAUGGCCCACGGACUGGGAGGAUCAUGGUCACAAAAACAACCGUAGUCAGUCGCUAG